GAAUUUUGACACCGAAAAAUGCGCAAACAAAAUGGCGAGAAGGAGUCGAGUGGAUUCUCCUAUGGAGAUAUUCGACGAAAAUUCCGACUUGAAAAGGGAUGAAAUAGAAAAACAGAAGAAAUUCUUGGAAGCCAGGCAGCGUGCACGUUCACCCUUUUUUAUUGGUUCUAUAGAAAAAGUAAAUAAAAAGAUAAGUAAGCUUGAUAGAAAACUACAGAAGUACACACAGCUUGUUGUUGAGAGUCGGGCCUCUGAUGUUGAUGAUGUGGAUGAGCAUAUCAACAGUGCACGGGGACGAGACACAUAUCAGAGGAGAGAAAAGGAAACCAGAGAAGUGAAUAAAUUUGCUGGGUACUUUACCAUGAAACAAACUUUCUUACCUGGAAGAAGUGAAAGAGUGAAGCACAUAUCCAAAGUCAGCAUGCAGCCCAGUAAAACAACAGUGGUGAAGAAGGACUCUGGAAAACCAAAAUUUGUAGAGUUGCACCAGUACCCUGGGUUUGACCACACAGAACUGACUGUUCUUCCUGACGAGAUUCUUGUUGAGGAUAUGUUAAAGAAAGCUGCUGAUGCACAUGUACAACUCAAUGUAAAGCCAUCAUAUGCCCCAGACUUUGAGCUGUGGUACUACUCAGAAUUAUCGAAGGCAGUUUUUCUGGACAUGUUUUGGUUCUUGUUCCUUGAGAAGUAUCAGUCAAGUAAGAAUUCUCAAGUGAAGCUCUUUAAUAGGACAGCUCACAAUUUUGUGAAGCUUUUACUGUUUGUCAGGAACCCACUCCACAGAGAUGUAUUUUUCAAGGACUACCCAAGUCUGCUGUCUCAAGCCAUAUAUGCGGCCUACUGCCACUCCUUCCCAGAUUCGUACAAACAGUUUGGGGAGCAGUUUAAGGAGGAUUUGGUAGCCUUGGUGUAUCAAUGGAUUGCUGGUAUCAAACCAUCACCUCGGAUUUGGAUGACGUGGAAUUUCGAUAAACUCGAGCCACCAAAUAUAAAGCUCAGAGAAGAAAUGGCCAACAGUCAGAAAAAGAAGAAAACGGCAUCAGCCACACUCAACUUUGACUUCCUGGACUCCAUCUUCUCCAGUAAUGGUAGUCAGUAUACCUCCAUGACCUCACUCAAUCAGUCAGUGUCCAAGUCCUCCAUGCAAAGCUAUGGUGGCCGCAAUAGAAAACAUGGACCUGUGAAGAAAAGGAGUUCUCUUACAGGACUAACUCCAAGGUUUAGGAGUCAGUCACCAGGUUCAUCACAAGAUGGAGCCAUCAUUGAUACUGUAGCAGAGCAUCAAGUUGUGGAUAACAAAAGGAUAGGAGGAAUGGGUAAAAAGCAGCCAGACCCUCGCAAGCUCAUGGAUGCUCUGACGCCGAUAAGGGAGACAACUCUUGAAGAUGAACAUGACAAAAUGGACACCAAAACCUCUAAUGCCUCUGUAGCCAUGGCGAAAGGCAGCUGCAAUGAAAUCAUCAGAUCUCACCCUGCCUGCCGAGGACCUGACUUCCGUAAGUCUGUUUUUAAUAUUCAUGGUCAGAGUCCCCUGAUGGCCCACUUCCUGCGCAUGAAGAGGAUAUCACAGGAAGGCGGUAUGGUGGUACGUGUCUGUCGCACUGAACUGGAAAAUCUACCUUCUCUUGAUGCACCUACUUAUAAAGAACUCAUUAAAGAUUCCUUCAAAAGAGUCCGAGAGAUCGAAAAAGAAUAUGACCGAUUUUAUGAUAAGAAUAUGAGGGAAAGCCUGGUGUCCGCAAAGAAACAUCGUGAGAUGAACCAGGAGUACCAAAAACUACAGUCCUCAUUAUUGGCCAGACCCAAGGAGGUCAAACGUCUUUGUGAACUCCUCAUCCUGGAGCAGAAUAAAGACCAGGACUCUGUAUCAGCUGGUGCAGAUGCUGCCCUCGAGUCGGCCUUACUGGCUUGUCAGGAUUGAUGUGAUGAUGUGGAGGCCAAGGUUACAG